AUUCAACAAUCCUUUCACCCACACCUCAUCGAUCUUGGUCGGCCAACCUCUACUGCUUGGCCCACCAGGGAGGUAAGAGAUCUUUUUCCUCUUUCUUCUCUUUUCCUUCCCACCUUCAUCUACGUCUCAACGACCAACAAGCGACUGUGCUCGCUUGAUUCAGCAAGGCGAAGUAGGAGGCUCACCGUGACAGCCUCUCUCUUGCCAUCGCCCAGAUCUCUUCCUCAAGGGCUGGUCCUUUUCUCUCAGAGACCUUUGCUUUUCUCUCGCAUACACACCCCCACGCCCGGCAUGCACGCUACCAUUGCGGUUCGCCGUGCGGCCGUCAAGUCCUGGACUUUGGCCAAUGGGGCUCAGAUCCCCAAGAUUGGCUUCGGCACCUGGAAGCUGAAAAAGGAACAGGCUGGACCUGCCGUUCAACAGGCGCUCAAGACGGGCUUCCGCCACAUCGACUCUGCCUGGGCCCACCGCAACGAAGACGCUGUCGGAGAUGCGAUUCGCAAGUCGGGCGUGAACCGCAACGACCUUUGGAUCACGAGCAAGCUCUGGAACACAUUCCACGGCGACAAGGUCGAGGUGGGCCUCGAUGCUACCCUCAAGGACCUCGGCGUCGACUACCUCGACCUCUUCCUGAUGAACUGGCCUGUGGCUUUCUCGAACCCAAACGCCUCGCAGAUCCCAGCCAUCAAGUCGCAGGGCGGACACCCCGUCGAGGAUGCCAAGCUGUCGCAUGACCUCGCUGCAACGUGGCUCAAGAUGGAGGAGAUGGUGCAAAAGGGCAAGGUGCGCAACAUUGGCGUCUCCAACUUCAACAUUCGUCGCACCGAGGAGCUCCUCAAGGCCAGCACGGCGUCAAACCCUGUCGUCAACCAGGUCGAAGUCAACUGGGGCGUCGUCAAUGAAGAGCUGCUCCACUACUCGGAGGCACACCAGAUCAUGCUCCAGGGAUACUCACCCCUCGGCGGAGACCACCUCGCUCAGCAGUACCUCGAGGAGCCCGUCGUCGUCGAUGUGGCCAGGCGCAACAACAUCAGCCCUGCCCAGGUCCUCAUCGCAUGGCAGCUCGCACGCGGCAUCAUUCCCAUUGUCAAGAGCCUCGAGGUCAGGCAUAUGGAGGAGAACCUCGCUGCGGCUGAGGUGCAGCUCCCCUGGGACGAUGUCGUCCACCUCACUGCCGAGGCCAACGCAAGGCCCAUCGAGCGCACCAUGGACCCCUCGGAGGCAUGGACGACCCAGGAAGACAUCUUCGAGGACUACCACGACGCCACGAGGCUCAACAGCCUUACUUCCGACUCCUUUGAGGCCCCUCCCCCUCACGAGGCCGAGGGCUCUCACUACCUUGAGCCGCGCAACGAUCCCGCGGCUCCUCAGGUUGGACCCGGUGGAACAGCUGUUCGUUCCAUGCACACCUCUGCCGCUGCCUCCUCGUCGUCGUCGACGAGCCGGCCCACGGUGCUCCAGCAGCUCGUCGGCGGCCGUGGCAACAUGCGCAACGCCCGCCACUUUUCUUCGUCUGCCCGAAGUGGUGCUGUCGCCGAGACGGCUCCUCCCUCCUCGGAAGAAGCUCCCGGCGUCUCCUCGAGCCCGCUCCUCCGAACCAACGCAAAGAUGGCCGCCAGGACGCCCGGCAUGACAUGGACCGAUGGCGAGCAAGGCAUCGAGCGCGAGGCUCGCAAGAUGAACAUGUACACGGUGCGUCCUCUUCCCGGUCUCUGUUCUGUACAAGGAGGGAGGAGGGCAUUUUCAACCGGUGCCGCCGCCGCUGCUGUGUCUGCUGCUGCAUCUUCGUCUUCGUCGCCGUCACCCUCGGGCGCAUUUUCUCCCAAAGCUGCCUCGUCAAGGCCUGGCCGCGUCUACACGCCGCGGAAGGCCUUCCUUCUGGGAGAGUACGCGAGGCUUCUGUCGCAGAGCAAGCUCGUGGUGCUGCUGCAGCACAACAACCUCUCGGUGUCGGACAUGUCCAAGGUCCGAAGAGACAUUGCGGCCGUGGCACUGCCCGAGGGUGUCCAGGGAGGCGAAGAGGCGAAAGCCAAGUUGACAGUGGUGCGCACUGGUCUGCUUAAGCCCGUGGUGCGGAGCUCGUCGCAGGCUUCGGUUCAGUCGUUGGAAGGUGCUCUGAGUGGGCCAAUCGCCCUGCUGACGUGCAGCCAUCUCUCGCCGGCCUACCUUGGCAGCGUCCUCUCGGUGCUUGACCGAGCUCUCGGUGCGGGACGUGCGACGCCCAAGCCUACGACCUCGUCUGCCCACCCACCGGUGACGGCCAGCGUCAACACCAGGUUGACGCCCUUGGCGGCACUCGUUGAGGCAGACGACAUCGGACGCUUGAAGCUGUUGGAUCUCCCCGCUCUGAGGGACGUGGGCCUCCUUCCUGGUCUCGAGGAGCUGCGUGCCCAAGUCGUGGGCCUGCUCAGUGCGCCAGCUGCCAAGUUGGCGAGCACACUGGACCAGGCCUCUGGCAAGGCCGUGCUGCAAACCCUUGAUGCCCGGCGGAGAGAGCUUUCGUCUUCGUCAUGAUCUCCAGCAAAUUCCACCCCACCGUCCCAACCCAUCUUCUACAUCCUUGUCUCGUCUCCAGCCUUGUGUCCCCUUCCAUCUGUAUCCUGGAUCGUUUCCCACUCCCAGACUCGCUUUUCUCUUCUAGAUGUCUCCUGUCAAUAAAGUCUCUUUUCAUCUCUUCCUGUCUUUUUUGUCUG